AUGUCGUGGAAAUUGACAAAGAAAUUAAAAGAGACUCAUCUGGCGCCUUUGACGAGUGGCUUCAGCAGUAGAUCAACCUCAACAUCCACAAUCAAGCACGAAGAUGCAACUACCACCUCAGCUCCAGAGACUGGCGAUACAGCCACCACACCUAAUUCUGCCAAUGGAAUUGCCGCGUCAGAACACCUCAUCAACCCUCCUGUUGCGACCGUGAAGCCAGGUAUUCUCAUAGUGACCCUGCACGAAGGAAAGUCCUUUUCGCUACCCCAGCAAUACCAUUCAGUCUUCAACUCGUAUUACGGUCAGGCAGGCCAAGCAGGAUCGGUACGGCCGACAUCGUCUUAUGCACCAAGCUCAGCUGUGGGCUCCUAUUCACAAUCAAGUCGUCCAGUAUCAACACAUUCUGGAAUCAACGCUGCACCAACGAAUCAUGGAAGAUACAUUAGCAAAUACCUUCCUUAUGCAUUACUCGACUUUGACAAGAAUCAGGUUUUCGUGGAUGCUGUGUCUGGUACACCCGAAAACCCCCUCUGGGCCGGCGAUAAUACUGCCUUCAAGUUUGACGUUUCAAGAGUGACAGAAUUGAGUGUACAGCUCUACCUGCGAAAUCCAGCUGCAAGACCUGGUGUGGGUCGAAGUGAAGAUAUCUUUCUAGGAGGCGCACGAAUAACACCACGUCUAGAAGAAGCAAAGACAUUUGUCUCUGAUCCCAAGAAGAGUAAAAAGGACAAUGAGAAGGCGGAAGCUGCCUUCAAUACCAGCGAGAAGCAGGCUGGACAGUUGGGCGCAGAGUGGCUGGACAUUCAGUUCGGUACUGGUGCUAUAAAACUUGGUGUCAAUUACGUCGAAACAAAACAAUCUACUCUGAAGAUAGAGGACUUUGACCUGUUGAAAGUCGUUGGUCGAGGAAGUUUUGGCAAGGUGAUGCAGGUCCUGAAAAAGGAUACCGGUCGAAUUUACGCCCUCAAGGUCAUUCGCAAGGCACACAUCAUCUCAAGAUCUGAAGUCGCACAUACGCUAGCUGAAAGAUCGGUACUGGCGCAAAUCAACAAUCCCUUUAUCACGCCUCUCAAGUUCUCCUUUCAAUCGCCAGAUAAGCUAUACUUUGUUUUAGCUUUUGUCAAUGGCGGCGAGCUAUUCCAUCACCUGCAACGUGAACAGCGAUUUGAUAUCAACAGAUCAAGAUUCUACACCGCAGAGCUACUAUGUGCACUCGAAUGUCUACACGGCUUCAAGGUCAUCUACCGAGACCUGAAGCCAGAAAACAUCUUACUGGAUUACACUGGACAUAUCGCGUUGUGUGAUUUCGGUCUAUGCAAGCUAGAUAUGAAAGAUGAGGAUCGCACCAACACAUUUUGCGGCACUCCGGAAUAUUUGGCCCCUGAAUUGCUUCUGGGCCAGGGCUACACAAAGAGCGUGGAUUGGUGGACGCUCGGUGUACUUCUUUACGAGAUGUUGACAGGUCUCCCACCUUUCUAUGAUGAAAAUACUAACGAGAUGUACCGGAAGAUUCUCCAGGACCCCCUCCAAUUCCCUGGACCAGAAAUCGUCCCAGCCGCAGCCAAGGAUCUUCUGCAACGUCUUCUCGACAGAAAUCCCGAACGAAGACUGGGCGCAAACGGCGCCGCCGAGAUCAAAGCACACCAUUUCUUCGCUAACAUCGACUGGAGGAAACUGCUGCAGCGCAAGUACGAGCCAAGCUUCAAACCGAAUGUGGCCGAUGCACGAGACACCGCCAACUUUGACCGCGAAUUUACCUCGGAAGUGCCCAAGGAUUCAUACGUAGAAGGACCGAUGCUAUCAGAAACAAUGCAACAACAAUUCGCUGGCUGGUCAUACAACAGACCUGUCGCUGGAUUUGGAGACGCUGGCGGUAGUGUCAAGGAUCCGGCUUUUGGCAGCAUUCGGUGA